UAAUAUGCACGAAACCAAAAACGUCAUAGAAACCAAAUUCAAUCAAUUUGAACCAAACAGUAAUUCUUUCUCUAAUUUACCUCAUUUAAUACUUCAAGAAGCUAAUAAAAAGAUUAAUUUUGAGGAGCCUUCCCAGGAAUGGAGUAUACAUAUGAGCUCCGUUGCAAUUUUAGAUGAAUUUUUCACUCAAGAAGCAAUAUUAGAUAAAACUUUUCAGGAAGAACUUACUUUCUUUUUAUCAUUAGCUCAACUUCAAAAUGAAUGCUACAAAUCAGAAAAUUCGCCAGGAUUACGGCUACCUGAAAAGUUUUUUGAGACACUUAGUGAUAUUGAAAGUCGGAUAGAUAACAUUACUGAAGCAGACAUUUUACAACGCAUUUUGGCAACAGCAGAGGAACAGCGUGAUUCUUUAACAGCUGCGUUGAAGAGUGCAAAUAAUGAAGAUACACCUAUAAUACUUGAACAGUAAGAAACUUGAAUCAAGAACAAAAUUAUAACUGCUAAAAGUAUUCUAGUUUUCAAACAUUAAGGUCACGUUUUGUGCCGAAAAUACGUUAUUCAUGCAAAAAAAGAAAAUGUAUGUAUAUUUAAUGUAUAUAUUUUCACUACGAUGGUAUUCCUUUGUAAAAAACUGAGAUGAAAUUUUUGUGCUAUAUGAAAAGGUAAUAAUAAACGUACAGCAACAUGUUUUAAUUAGCUCACGUGAUGG